UGAUAACAUAAACGUGAUGUUUUCGUCGUACUCUCGUGCUUGUGUUCAACGCUUUCUUAUUAUGUUUGUAUCACACCGAAAGAUCAUAAAGUCAUCGUGCGAGCGAUAUACGGGUUAUUAUGGAUUAACCCCCGCAAACAGCGGGCCGGUUUCGUUGCGUAAGAUUCGAUUAGUGGUACAUUCUUGUGUUAUAUCGUCGCCUUGAUUGAUACGUCGGCAGUCACGCGAGUGUAUUCGUGUGCCGCAGACAAACUACAACCACCUGUGGCAUCUUGAUUGCGUUCGAAAGCACGUGUUACCGAAAAGCAAUCCAUUGGUGGUUUUUUAAGAAUUACAUCUAAAUUUAUAUUAAAACAAACAUUAUGAUGCAGCACACAGUUCUGGUAGUCGGCGGCGGUGGCAGAGAACAUGCCAUUUGCUGGAAAUUGUCUCAAUCGCCACAUGUGAAAGAAAUUCUAGUUGCUCCCGGGAAUACCGGCAUCAAACAAGUGGCCAAGGUGCAAUUGGUUGAGUUAAAUGUCAAAAAUACCAAGAAAGUCGCUGAAUGGAGCAAGGAGAAUAAUGUGGAUCUAGUAGUGGUUGGGCCAGAGGAUCCUUUGGCUCAGGGCCUGGCGGAUGAUCUGAAUGAUGUGGGAGUGAAAUGCUUCGGACCGCAGAAGCAAGCAGCCGAGAUUGAAGCAAAUAAGGACUGGGCGAAGCAGUUUAUGGACAGAAAUCAUAUUCCUACUGCUAGAUGGCAAGGCUUUACGUCUGCUGCAGAUGCAAAAACUUUCGUCAAGAGUGCUCCCUUCAAGGCACUCGUGGUGAAAGCAUCCGGCUUGGCAGCAGGUAAAGGUGUUGUAGUGGCAAAAGACCAGGAGGAAGCUUGUCAAGCGAUAGAUGAGAUUCUGAAUGACAAGAAAUUUGGGACUGCUGGUGAAACUGUAGUUGUCGAGGAACUCUUAGAGGGCGAAGAAGUGUCUGUGCUUGCAUUUACAGACGGCAAGACUGUUGUGCCCAUGAUGCCUGCGCAAGACCACAAGAGGAUCUUCAAUGCGGAUGCUGGUCCAAACACCGGUGGAAUGGGAGCAUAUUGUCCGUGUCCAUUGUUAAACGAAAGGGAAUACGAGCAGGUGAAAGUGAAUGUUCUCCAGAAAGCCGUCGACGGCCUGAGAAAGGAAAAUAUUCCGUUCGUUGGCGUGUUGUAUGCCGGUUUAAUGCUGACCGAAGACGGCCCGAAAGUCCUGGAGUUCAACUGUAGAUUCGGCGACCCCGAAACGGAAGUUGUGUUACCGCUUUUGACAUCAGACUUGUUCGCAAUCAUGAAGGCUUGUUGCGAAGGUACUUUGAGCCCGUCUCUCGUUUCCUGGCGGGAGAACGUAUCCGCCGUGGGUGUUGUUUUAGCAUCCCGCGGCUAUCCAGCGUCCUCGUCCAAGGGUCAAGUUAUAACCGGCAUGGACGAAGUGACGCGUAAACAGGAUCACUUCAUCUUUCACAGCGGCACAGCUGCAUCAUCCGAAGGCGAAUUAGUAACCAACGGCGGAAGAGUUCUCAUCACCGUCAGUAUAGCGCCAACUUUAGCGAUGGCAGCUGCCAGGGCGACCCAAGCUGCUCAACAUGUAUCGUUCGAUGGAAAACAAUUCAGAACGGAUAUUGCGCACAAGGGGAUCGCUAGGUCUAUUUUGCAAAAAGGACAGCUAACAUACAAAAGCAGUGGCGUGAAUAUAGAUGCCGGCGAUCGUCUUGUCUCCGCUAUCAAACCAGCCACUUGCUCCACGAAACACGCUGGCACUUUGGGCACGAUAGGCGGGUUCGGAGGCCUCUUUGAUGUAAAAUACGCAGGCUACGAAAAUCCCAUUCUGGUAUCCGGCACCGAUGGCGUCGGUACUAAAUUGAAGAUAGCAGUCAAGUGCAAUAAACAUGACACGGUGGGCAUAGACUUGGUAGCAAUGUGCGUGAACGACAUCCUCGCGCACAAUGCGGAGCCGCUGUUCUUCUUGGAUUACUUCGCCUGUGGCAAACUCGACGUUGGAGUCGCCACGACGGUUGUGAAUGGAAUAGCCGAAGGUUGCAAGCAAGCAGGAUGUUCCUUGAUUGGCGGAGAAACGGCCGAGAUGCCCGACAUGUAUCCCGAGGGAGAAUACGACUUAGCGGGCUUUGCAGUAGGCGCGGUUGAAACAGGUGAUUUGCUGCCACGUAAAAUUGAUAUUAAUGAAGGCGACGUGGUGAUUGGCCUUCCAUCCAGCGGCGUGCACAGCAAUGGCUUCAGCUUGGUACGAAAAGUUUUGAAACUCGCUGAUAAGAAAUACUCCGACAUCGCGCCUUUCUCAAAGAAGAAUCGAACUAUUGGUGAAGAAUUGCUGGAACCAACGAAGAUUUAUGUCAAGAGCGUUCUUCCUGCCUUGCGAACUGAUCUAGUGAAAGGAUUCGCGCAUAUCACAGGCGGGGGUCUUACAGAAAACAUACCCAGAAUUUUACCGGAAGAUUUGGGUGUGACGUUGGACGCGACUAAGUGGAACGUAUUGCCAGUUUUUGGCUGGUUAGCUGCGGUUGGUGGGAUUAGCAAACACGAGAUGUUGAGGACAUUUAAUUGUGGAAUUGGCGCGAUUUUAAUAUGCUCCGAAAAAGAUAAGGCUGAAAUUUUGAAGAAACUAAAAGACGAAAAUCCUGUGGUUAUCGGAAACGUGAACACACAUAGCAAUGGCCAAACUAAAGUGCACAUUGAGAACUUUGAAAAGGCCCUCGAAUUAGAGAUGAAACAAUAUGUUCCCAACUUGGUUGCAAGCUUGAGCAAGCCUCUUAAGAGAGUAGGUGUUCUUAUAUCAGGAAGUGGAACAAAUCUUCAGUCAUUAAUUGACGCUACUCAGGAUCCGUCUCAGCACAUGGGAGCAGAAAUCGUUUUAGUGAUUUCCAAUAAGCCUGGUGUUGAAGGAUUAAAACGUGCCGAGAGAGCCGGCAUUAAGACAUUGGUAAUUAAACACACGGAUUAUCCAAAUCGUGAAUCUUUCGACACAGUCAUGAAUGUGGAACUUCAUGCCAACGGGGUAGAAAUUGUGUGCCUGGCCGGUUUUAUGCGAAUCCUUUCAGAACAAUUCGUAAAACAUUGGAAAGGAGCUUUAUUAAAUAUUCAUCCUUCACUGUUGCCAUCUUUCAAGGGGGCGAACGCGCACAAAGAUGUUCUAGCAGCGCGUGUGCGUGUAUCGGGUUGUACUGUGCAUUUUGUCGAGGUUGAUAUAGAUUCGGGAGCUAUCGUCGAACAAGAAGCUGUACCUGUGUUCCCAGACGAUACCGAAAAAAUCCUGCAGGAACGCGUAAAGACUGCGGAACAUCGAGCUUAUCCUCGUGCUUUAAAACAUUUGGCGACUGGUCGUAUAAAACUUAAAGAGGACGGCACUCUCCAAUGGAAUUGAUUAGAUUGCACAUUUAUAUAAAGGAUUUAUAAAAUAUAAAAAUAUUUUUAUACCGCUACUCA